GGGUGCAUCCAGAAAGAGAAAGUACAGAAACACACAACACAGUGUGAGUCGGUGAGUUGGUGAAUAAAUGCAGCAGCUGCUCCAGGAAAGCUGAAGUGUGUUUGUUAGGUUCAAAUCAACCUGAUAUCUGAAACAUGUCCUGGAUGUGUUGACCUCGAGGUCAAGCUCCUCUUUAUUUACACCGUGUUCUCUCACUUCUCUCAUCCACUGUGAUCGUGUCGGGAUCAGUCGCUGGAGAAGCUUUUGACUCGUUUACUGUUCGUUUGUCUUUAUGACUUUAGCUUCGGUUAUUAGGAGUUCACCAGGUUUCAGGCCUGUUCUUCAGUAACAGACCCGGAGGAGUGGAGACCCGGUGGUUCUUUCUCACAGAAUGAAAGACAGAUGUCUGUGUUCAAGUCUCUGGUUGUGUGGAUCCUCAUCAUGUGGACUUUCACCACAGCAGAUGAUGAGGUCUCCUGCGUUUUAGAGGAGAGCUGCAUCGUACCCUGCAGUUUUCCACCUGGUCCAGACCCAAUCAUCCACUGGAUGCAGGUGAUACCAGGAAACACUCCUGUCCACUCCUACUACAGUGACAGAGACCAGUUUGCACACCAGGGCGAACGCUUCAGAGGCCGGACAUCGCUGUUCACAGAUCAGAUCUCCAGAGGAAAUGCCUCGAUGAUGCUGAUGGGGCUGCAGCAUCAGGACCUGGGCAGAUACGAGUGCUACACUAGCACCAUCACUGGAGUCGGCAAGUCGUCAUUUAUCAACCUGAGAGCAGCUGCUCCGGUGCGUCACGUGGACAUUGAGCAGGUGAAGGACAGCUUCACCUGCCGCUCAGAGGGGAUCUACCCCGAGCCGCAGCUCACCUGGUCCACCAGGCCUCCGUCCAACUUGACCCUUCAGAACCAAACCACAGUGAAGAGGACGGAGCAGCAGCUCUAUGAGAUCAGCAGCACACUGACACUGUCAGACAGAGACACUGUUCUGAUCUGCAGCAUCAGCACUCGCAGUGGCAGGAGGAGCGCGGUGUGGUAUCAACCCACUCCCGUCCGUGUGUCACCGUUUAAAACAACACAAACAAUCCACUGCACUGCUCCAAACACCAAACCCCCGACACACUGGGUGUGGAAAUUCAACCACAGGCAGAUCAUUGUGAACCAGACCGGGGUGGACGGCCUCCACAGCGUCUCAGAGCAGUGGAGGCAGCAGGUGGAGGAUGUGUCAGCGUCAGGCAGCCUCACGCUGCACCACUUAUCUUCAGAUCACCAGGGAACGUUCACCUGUGAACUCAGUAGUGAAGAGGAGACGCACUUCAUCAACAGCUACGUGACGAUAGACAAAGGUUCAGUUGCAGCAGUUGUGGUCGGAGUCCUCGUUGUGUUUGUAGCAUUAGCAGCUGGAGCAGGAUUCCUCUACUUUACAAGACUAAAGAUGCUUCAGAGGACACAUUUAAAAGUCGGUGAAGGUGAACUCUCAAAGAUUCGGUGUGAAGACGUGGCCUCAGCUCUGAAGUCAGAUCGCUCACUUCUGACAGAACUGGAUCUGAGUGACAACGAGCUGCUGGAUUCAGAAGUGAACCUGCUGUGUUCUGGACUGAAGAGUCCAAACUGUCGACUGGAGACUCUGAGGUUGAAGAGCUGCAGUCUGUCAGAGAUCAGCUGUUCUUCUCUGACUUCAGCUCUGAGGUCAAACCCCUCUCAUCUGAGAGAACUCGAUCUGAGUGUCAACUACCAGCUAGACUCAGGAGUGGAGGAGCUGAGUGGUUUUCUACAGAGUCCAACCUGUCGACUAGAGACUCUGAGGUUGGAGUUCUGCAGUCUGUCAGAGAUCAGCUGUUCUUCUCUGGCUUCAGCUCUGAGGUCAAACCCCUCUCAUCUGAGAGAACUGGAUCUGAGCUUCAACAACCUGCUGGACUUAGCAGUGGAGGAGCUGUGUGGUUUUCUACAGAGUUCAACCUGUCAACUGGAGACUCUGAGGUUGAAGUUCUGCAGUCUGUCAGAGAUCAGCUGUUCUUCUCUGGCUUCAGCUCUGAGGUCAAACCCCUCUCAUCUGAGAGAACUGGAUCUGAGUAACAACAACCUGCAGGACUCAGCAGUGAAGGAGCUGCUUGAUCUACAGCAGAGUUCAACCUGUCGACUGGAGACUCUGAGCUCAGACAAUGAAGAAAGUGAUGAGAACACAAACCAUGAAAAGAAGGAAAUGCUGUCUGAGACAGAAAGACAAACAAAUACCUCAGGAUGAAGAAGAGGAUUUGUAUUUUAUAUCUGGUACUGUUUUGUAUUUGUACAUAUUUUUAUGAAACUUUACUUCAACGACUGUUCUGGCACAUUUAAUGAUUUAUUAAAAUGUAUUUUUACAAA